AUGUCGGAGCCAUCUUCCUCGAUUAUGAAGCGCCCUCGUGCUUCUAGCCGAGACAAUACAACCAAUCUUCAGCAUGAUAACUAUACAGUCGCGUGGAUUUCCGCUCUGCCACUGGAAAUGACAGCAGCCGAGGCCAUGCUCGACACUAUUCAUGCGCCCCUAUCGCGACACCCUCAAGACAGCAACUCGUAUACCCUAGGAAGCAUUAAUGGACACAAUGUGGUCAUGGCAUGUUUACCCAAGGGCCAGUAUGGCACUAACAAUGCCGCAACGGUAGCAAGCCACCUGACCAGAAGCUUCCUCAACAUCCAAUACCGUUUGAUGGUAGGCAUUGGAGGAGGCGCCUCUGGUAGCGCUGAUGUACGACUUGGUGAUGUUGUCUUCCAGCGGAUUGCGUAUCCUAUCCGUCCUCCUCAGUCGUUGAUGACUGUUGUCUCGAAGCUACAAGCCAGUCACAGCAGAGGCACAAACCACUUCCUCACGAUCAUCGGGGACAGCGCUGCCGAUUACGUCCCUCCCGUUACUUCAAAGGACUGUGGCGAUUGCGACCAGGCGAAGGUAGUUGCUCGCGAUGCACGCCAGAAUCUUGAUCUGGUUAUUUACUUUGGGCGAAUUGCGUCCGGCAACCAAGUCAUUAAGGAUGUAUAUACACGUGAUGAUCUCUCUAGAAAGCUAGGCUGCACCUGCUUUGAAAUGGAAGCCGCUGGAAUGAUGGACAGCUUACCUUGCCUUGCUAUUUGUGGUGUCUGCGACUACUCUGACUCUUGCAAGAACAAGGAGUGGCAAGAGUAUGCGGCCCUAGUGGUGGCACUGUUUGAGAGCAAAUCAUUCGGAGUUCUAUGGAAGGUCUUCGAAGGGAUGAUUGAGAAGCCCAACUUUCGCACUGUAUACUGCGUGAUUGAUGCUCUUGAUGAGUGCGAGCCUGACUCGUUGAGGCAGCUCCUGACCAAAUUUGAACAACUGAGUGAUCCCGACAAUACCUCGCCCAAGAAAGUUAGAUUAAUUUGCCUCAGCAGACGGUCUCCUGAGAGAAUACCCGAAUCUCUUGACCUAUUCACCAAGAUCGAACUGGAUAUGAUGCCAGCUGGGAAAGCAGAUGUGGAACGGUUCAUUGCUGAAAGGGUCUCUACUCUCGCUCGGGAGAAAAGAAUGACCGGAAGACUCAAGGCUCGCGUCGAAGAGGUGUUGCAACGCAAGUCCGAAGGAAAAUUCCUUUGGGUGAGCUUCAUGGCACAAGAACUAGAACAGAAGAGGUUACAGGAAAUUGAGACGUCAUUGAAUGGCCUGCCUGCAGGCCUAGAUGCAAUAUACGACAGGAUCCUAUCACAAAUCGACCGCAGCAAAUGGGAUACUGUUAAAAGAAUGUUGGAAUGGAUACUCGUUGCCACCAGGCCACUCAGAGUACCAGAGUUAUGCGACGCGGCCUGUGUGACGCCGACGGAGUUCUUGACUCGAGGAGAGGUCUGCCGCGAAUUGAUCAAGUCAUGUAGCCAUUUGUUACAGAUCACGAAAGGAGAAGAACUGUUCGUAGGUGGCCAAAACUCUUGGGCAGAUGAAAAAAGGCCUUGGAGGUCGGCACGUGAGGUGGAAACUCUCAGCAACAUGUUUUGGUCACUAUCUGUCACAUUCCUCCACCAAAGUGCAAAAGACCAUUACAUCAAAACGAUUGAUCCUGAGCGGAACGAAGGAGAUUCCGCACCAUUGGCCAGACUUCAUGGAUCUGUGCCAGAUCAGCUGACUUGGUCCUUUUGUGAUAUAAGCUGUGCUCCUCCAGAGGAAACCUACAACCUGACUGCGGACCGUCCACUGGCCUCGUACAUGACUACAAGCUGGCAUCCCUAUCUUGAAGAGGCAGAUGACAUUGACGACGGGCAACAAACAGAUAUCAAUGAGUCCUGGGGAGAGGAGCGUCGUACACCUCUACAAGUCGCCACCGCCGAGGGAAACCAAAAUAUUAUCAACAUCCUCCUUGAUGCGAAUGCUGAUGUACUCGUAAAAGACAACCGCGAUGAGAACGCGCUCUUUUACGCAAUCCGGACAGGAAGAAUUGAUAUCAACGCGAAGGACCAAAAAGGCUAUAACGCCUGCUCUGCAGCGGUGCAGGCUUUCGAAUCACCGGAAACCAAAUUACAGACGUUGCUCGAGAUGGGGUGUGACCCAAAUCAGCCAGACUAUCAAGGCAGAAUAGCUCUCCAUUACUCUGCCAUGAAACCGUAUUCGCUUAUGAGAUUCGAAUCAUUCAGUCGCGUUGUGUGGCUCUUGCUUUCCCAGAACGGUUCGCAGGUGAACCAGUUUUAA